UAUUUGACGUCCGUGGUUCUGUGAACUUCUGUGUUUUCUGUUUUGUUCUGUGUAUAUAACCUAAAAAAUUAAAAACCAAAACAAAUGGUCGAAAAGCAAUCAAGAUAUAAUAAAACGGAUUUUAAUUUAUAAUGUAAUAUCCUUAAAAUUUAGUCCGCGUGUCAUUUACCUGCCUAACAAUGGACGUGAGUUCAAGAUUUUCGUCGGACCUGACAGGGUUGACAUCUGUCGAUCCGGACUCUAUACAGUUUCUCAUGUUUACCGACGAAGAGAUAAAAAAACUUAGCGUGGCGAAAAUCACAAGCACCAUUACUUUCGAUAGUAUGGGCAAUGCUAUAAAAGGAGGCCUCUAUGACCCUGCUAUGGGACCACUAAAAGACCGCAAUGAUUUUUGCACAACCUGCUCUAACACUCUCCUACACUGUCCUGGACAUUUUGGACACAUAGAACUCCCACUUACAGUGAUAAAUCCGAUAUUCAAUAAAACUGUUUACACUCUAUUUAGAAUGUCAUGUUUAAAGUGUUUCAAAAUACAAAUGGAUGACAGAAUGAAGUUCAUAUUGAAAUUACAGUUGGAACUUCUCGACACUGGCCAUAUUACUGCUGCUUUAGACUUGGGCAACUACAUAUGUGAUAUCAAGGACUACAACAGUGCAACAUCACCAGAGAAGCCUAACAAAGUGAUAAGGAAAUAUCAGAAGCUGGUUAGAAAAAGAGAUGCAAUCAAUGAGAAGUUUCAAAAUAAAAACACAGACAAACUGAGAACAAAGAUCAUUAAUAAUUUCUUUAAAGUUAUGAAUACAUCAAAAAAAUGUCUUUAUUGUAAGAGCAAACUUAUUAAAGUUACAACUAGUGAUAAUAAGAUUAUGGUCAACAUGAGUACUGAAGGUGGUUUGUCAGAUAAAAAAGGAAUUAAAAUCUUAAUGCCUGAUGAAAUAAAGCAUCACUGCACCUCUAUAGCAGAAAAUGAUGAAGAUAUCCUAACUUGCUGUAUUCCAAUACUAAAGUAUGGAAACAUUAAACCUGUUACAGAUUUAUUUUUUAUGCAGGUUAUACCAGUGUUGCCUCCCUGUGUGAGACCUUGUAAUUUUUUGCUUGGUCAGGUAGUUGAACAUCCACAAAAUCAUGUGUAUAAAAAUAUAAUGAAUUUUGCUUACAGUGCCAGGGCUGUACUACAGGUUUUAACAGCACCUGAUCAACAAAAAGGUAUUGAUGGUCUUGACCUACAUCCAAGGCAGGCAUAUGAGCGUGUCUCAGGGACAUCACCUGCAGAAAAGCUACAUUCAGUGUGGCAAGAAUUACAAAGACAAACCAAUCAACUACUCAACUGCGAAGGCUCAGGCGCUGAGAGUCAAGGAUUAAAGCAGAUUCUUGAAAAAAAGACUGGUGUAAUAAGAAUGAAUAUGAUGGGCAAAAGAGUCAAUUUUGCUGCUAGAUCAGUUAUCACACCUGAUCCCAAUGUAGACAUUGAUGAAAUAGGUAUCCCUGAGGCUUUUGCUACAAAGUUGACAUUCCCAAUUCCAGUUACAGAAUGGAAUGUAGAUGAGUUAAGGAAAAUGGUAAUCAAUGGACCAAACAAGCAUCCAGGAGCUGAGAAAUUAGAAAUCAAAAAUGGGAGAAUGAUCAGAAUUCCUCCUGAUUCCAUUCAAAAAAGAAAAUCUCUGGCUAAAAAGUUAUUAACUCCUGAAGAGUUUAAAAAAUCUGAAUUGAAAAUUGUACAUCGACACUUGAUCAAUGGUGAUGUGCUGAUAUUAAAUCGACAGCCUACACUUCAUAAACCUAGUAUGAUGGCACACAAGGCAAGAAUACUUCUAGGGGAGAAAACAUUAAGGUUACAUUAUGCGAAUUGUAAAGCAUAUAAUGCUGAUUUUGAUGGUGAUGAAAUGAAUGCUCAUUUCCCUCAAAAUGAAAUAGCUAGAAGUGAAGCAUAUAAUAUUAUGUCUGUAACAAAACAAUACUUAGUACCAAAAGAUGGAACUCCACUUAGUGGUUUAAUUCAAGAUCAUGUAAUUUCUGGGGUCAGGAUGUCCUUAAGAGGCACUUUCUUUUCUAAAGCUGAUUAUCAACAGUUAGUCUUACAAGCAUUGCCAAAUCACAGAGGUGAAAUUAAAUUGCUUCCUCCGACAAUUAUAAAACCACUUGUAUUAUGGUCUGGUAAACAAGUGCUGUCUACUAUAAUAGUCAAUACCAUUCCCAAAGGAAAGCCAUACCUUUCCUUAGAUGGUAAGGCAAAGAUUAAUGCAAAGGCCUGGCAGAAAGAACCUCCUAGAGCAUGGGAAGGAGGUGGUGCAGAAUUUGCAAAUCCAAAUUCAAUGUCUGAGGCAGAAGUAAUUAUAAGAAAAGGUGAACUUUUAUGUGGAGUGUUAGAUAAAACUCACUAUGGAGCAACGCCUUAUGGUUUAGUUCACUGCAUGUAUGAAUUAUAUGGUGGAGACAGUUCAGCUGCACUUUUAAGCUCAUUUUCAAAAGUUUUUACUUUCUACUUACAAUGGUUUGGAUUCACUCUUGGUGUUAAGGACAUUUUGGUUGUUGAUGAGGCUAAUAAAAAACGUGAUGAAAUUAUUAGUUUAGCUCGACAAGCUGGUAGAGUUGCUGCAGUAAAGGCAACAGAACUUCCAGCAGACAUAGAUGAUAAUAAACUAAAAGACACCAUAGGAGAAAUGUUGAUCAAGGAUCAAAAAUUUCGAGCAAACCUAGACAGACAAUACAAAAAUAUGCUAGAUUCUUACACUAAUGAUAUUAAUACAGUUUGUCUUUCCAAAGGGCUAUUAGAAAAAUUUCCAUCAAAUAAUUUACAACUCAUGGUGCAAUCAGGUGCAAAAGGUUCAACUGUCAACACAAUGCAAAUUUCAUGUUUAUUAGGUCAAAUCGAACUUGAAGGCAAAAGGCCUCCUAUAAUGAUAUCAGGUCGGUCUCUACCUAGUUUUCCUCCAUAUGAUGUUUCUCCUAGAGCAGGUGGUUUUAUUGAUGGUCGCUUUAUGACUGGAAUACAACCUCAAGAAUUUUUCUUUCAUUGUAUGGCGGGUAGAGAAGGUCUUAUUGAUACAGCUGUUAAAACAAGUAGAUCCGGUUAUUUACAAAGAUGCUUGAUAAAACACUUGGAAGGAUUAAGUGUAGCUUAUGAUCACACAGUUAGAGAUGCAGACAGCAGCGUUAUUCAAUUUGCUUAUGGAGAAGAUGGAUUAGACGUUCUGAAGUCUCAAUUUCUGAGGAAAGAUCAACUACAGUUUCUAGAUGUCAAUUCAAAUGCUGUAAUACCAAAGUCAUUUAUAAAGAAGCUUAAAGAAGAUGCCGAUCCAAAAGCUAUACUGAAAGCUCAGAAAUCAUUAAAGAAAUGGAAAAAGAAAAACGGAAGUCCAUUUACAAAAGAACGAACAAGUGCGUUCGCCCAGUUCUCCCACAUUGCUAAAAAAGAUAUUGUCCUCGAUGAUAUGCCUACAGAUAAAACACGUGAUCCAUUUUAUUGGGAAUUAGAAACAUUGUGGCGCUCUCUGGACGAGGAAGAAAGGCAACAGUAUGUCAAAAAACAAUGCCCUGAUCCAAUUCCUUGUAAAAACUCACCUAAUUAUAAAUUUGGGAUAAUCAAUGAACAUCUGGAUGGGAUUCUCCAAGAUUACUUGAAAAAUCGCCAAGAAAGCCCUUACAAGGAACAUACUGAAAAAGAUAAGUUUGUUGAAGUAAUGAACGCUAAAUAUCUAGCUUCGCUAGCAGCACCCGGUGAGCCCGUUGGGCUGUUAGCCGCUCAAUCAAUCGGUGAGCCCUCCACUCAGAUGACAUUGAACACAUUUCAUUUUGCUGGUAGAGGAGACAUGAACGUCACUUUGGGUAUACCUCGUUUACGAGAAAUCCUAAUGACAGCAUCAGCUAAGUUGAAGACACCAAACAUGGACAUACCAUUUCUUCCAAACAUACCAGAUUUGAACAAAAAAGCAGAAAAAUUGCGACAGAAAAUGAACAGAGUUACUGUUUCUGAUGUUUUAGAAAAGAUAGAUGUUCAAUGUGAAAUUGUAACUAAUCCUGAAAGGCAACUAAAAACAACUAUGCGUUUCGCGUUUCUACCGCACUCACAGUAUAAAAUACAGUAUGCGGUCAAACCCCCGCAAAUUAUUAAACAUAUGCAAAAUAAAUUCUUUUCUGAAAUGUUUUCGGUUAUCAGAAAGCAAGCUAAAGCUUCUUGUAAUGUUUUGUGGGCGCUGGAAAAAAAGGAGAAAAACAGAGCAACCUCUGAUGACGAAGAUGACAGUUCCCCGGCAGCACCAGCGCGAGCAGCUGCUGAUGCUGACCCUGAUGCAGACAGUUCGGACGAAGAAGGCCCCAAUGACGACGAUGAUAAUACUGAUGUGAAAACACGAAAAACACGGUCUGAGGAACAAGAAUAUGAAGAUCCAGAGUCAGAAGAAGAAGAAAAAUCAGAUGACGAUAUGGAACCAGAUGAGCAAGUCGCUAAUGAAAAUGACGAUGUUGUCGAAGUAAAUGAAGACGAAGCCUCUGAGAAAGCCAACAAAACAAUGGCUGAAGUCGUAGAAAACAUAACUAAUGCCACAAACUAUACAUUUGACACAAAACACUAUAGGUGGUGUGAACUGACUGUGCAUUUUCCAAUCGCUUUUCUAAAGGUAGACCUCACACAGGCUUUACGGGACGCCGCUAUGAAGUCGGUAAUUUAUGAGAUCAAAAAUAUAAAACGUGCAAUCACCAAUAAAGAAAAAAAUGUGCUAUAUCUUAAAACAGAAGGAAUCAAUAUAGUGCAGAUGUCUAAAUACAUGAAUCUGUUAGACUUAAAUAAACUAUACAGUAAUGACAUUCACGCGAUCGCGAAUACUUAUGGUAUAGAAGCAGCAAACAAAGUUAUUAUAAAGGAAAUACAGAAUGUCUUCAAUGUUUAUGGAAUUACAGUAGACCCGCGACAUUUGUCGUUGGUGGCAGAUUAUAUGACUUAUAAUGGAAUAUUUGAGCCAAUGAGUCGGAAAGGAAUGGAGGCGUCAACAUCUCCGUUGCAACAGAUGUCUUUUGAAUCUUCAAUGAUAUUCUUGAGGGAAGCUGUAUUGAAUUCAAAGAAGGACUUUAUAAGAUCGGCAUCAAGCUGUCUUAUGUUGGGCCAGCCCUGCCGAAGUGGUACUGGAUCAUUUAGUUUGCAACAUUACAACAAAAACAAUUAUUAAUUUUAAUAGUAAAGUAUGCAUCAUGAAUUUAAAUAUAUUUUUGAUCGAUUUUAGAUAUAGCAAAACUGUAAUAAACAUAAAUUCCCAAAAUAAAA